AUGGACUUUCGCUUGGACAUGCUUUCUCGUUUUAGGAUAAAUGCGUACACACCGCCUAGGCCCAACCUUCAUGCUACCGAGUGCUGCUGUCAGGUAAACAUACCACCAUCAACCGAAAAAAGAUCCUAUGAAGUCCAAAAAUAUAGAUACUCUUAUAGAAGUGUAAGGAAUGGUUAUCGCAGUUGUGGCUGGUGGGGAUGGGGGCGGUGCACCCAAUAUACUCAUGUACAAGACCGUCACCCUUACACUCAAACAGUAUAUUACACAAUCAAAGUGGCACGGUCUUGUCCUACUAGACUCCAAGUAUGUUGUCGAGGUUAUGUGGCCUAUAAACGGUGUUGCACAAAUAUCAAAGAGAUGAAAAGGUUACUUGAUCUGUUUGAAAGUCAGCGUGGACAGUUUGAAAGUCUUCGUGCGUUCCUAAUAUCACAGGGCCACAAUCCAGAUGCAGGUUGCCCCAUGUCAUGUGGACCUUAA